UCCGCUUCCCCUUCCCGGGUUGGGUGAUGGUUUGGUCCCGGGGCCGGAAGCAGCCGGGCGGGCGGGGUCGCUCGGGGCUCGGCGGAUUCGGCGCUGGCGCUGCGGUAACACGUCUGCGUUGAGACUUGCCCCGGCUCAGUCCGCCCGUUGCUCCUGGCCCAGGCAGCACGCGCCAGCCACGAGCCUGCACUGUUUUUCUGUGCUCACGCCACAGCUGGGGGAGAAGAGCAAAAAUCGGCAUCAUGUCAGCUUAUUCCAAGAGCUAUAACCCCUUUGACGACGACGAUGAAGAUUUGAAGCCGGUGAGGUGGAACGAUGGAGCGGACGACAGCCUGGAGGAUCCCGCGGAGAGACAGCGCAGGGAGGCUGCCAACAAGCAGCGGUGCCUGCAGCAAGAGGUGCUGAGGCGAUCGACCGCCACGGUGGACAGCACGCACCGCUCGCUCGCUCUCAUUUACGAGUCGGAGAAGGUCGGGGUGGCCACUUCAGAGGAGCUUGUACGUCAGGGUGAGGCAUUAAAGCGCACUGAACAAAUGGUGGAUAAAAUGGAACAGGACUUAAAGACUAGUCAGAGACACAUGAACAACAUUAAAAGUGUCUUUGGUGGUUUUGUAAACUACUUCAAAUCCAAACCUCCAGAAACCAAGCCUGAGCAGAAUGGAGCACCUGAGUACUAUGCAAACAGCAGACUAAAAGAAGCUAUGGCCAGCAGUAAAGAACAAGAGGCAAAGUACCAGGAGAGCCAUCCAAAUUUAAGGAAGCUAGACAAUUUAGAGUGUGAAAUCAGUGGGGCCAAUUCAGGUUAUUCUGUCCAACCUGAUAUUUAUCCAAAGAAUCAACAAGUUCGUGCCUACCACCAGAAAAUUGACAGCAACUUGGAUGAGAUGUCCUCUGGGCUGAGCCGCCUGAAAAACCUAGCCCUGGGUCUGCAGACAGAAAUUGAUGAACAGGACACCGUUCUUGACCGGUUAACCCAAAAAGUUGAGACUCUGGAUGUCAAUAUUACCAGCACUGAAAGAAAAGUCCGACAGCUUUAAAAACUUCACAGAAAUUCUUUGUGUAGUAUGUGAUCCUGGAUGGUUCAUCUUGCCAGAUUUCUUUAAAAAGAAAAAAAAAAAAUCUUGGACAAUUCCCAUUUCUUUCUCUGGUAUGUUAGUGACUUAGCUAUCAUUAAAAUGGCAUAAUCUUGAGCGAACCAUCAUAUUUAACACUCUUCUUCUUAGUGAACGCAUAAAAGAUCACUCUGGGCAGCACAUCUUUUUGCAGCUGGCUUAAGGGUAAAGGCCUUAGUGCUGGAUGCCCUGCUUGGGUGUAUUAGUGUGUCACAUGUCCCUGGCCACAGAGUAAGAAGAAAAACUAUGUUUUUGCCUUACUUUUUGCAAAGAAAAGUAUAGUGUGUUCUGCCCAUUUUAGAACAAAUGUUGCUAAUUUUAAAAAUUUACUCUAUUUUAAAUGCUGAAAACACAGCUUUUGAGCUGCAAGAAUUAACUCUAAAUAUUUUCCUCUAGCACUUCAGUGGAUACUUCUGAGAUCCUUAACCAACAAUCUGUUUGACAAAAGUUAUAAAAUGUCAGGUGUGGCAUGCAGUUAUGCUGUCUUUAAGCUGUGUUCAUCUCCCUUUUGCCAAAGAGAGAGCGUUUAACAGGCUCACUUUGGUAGCGUUGAGAUAAUAGCCAAAUGUUAAUUUUUAACCAAGAAAGGCCCUAGUCUACUAAAAAUUACUGUGUGUAAAGGUACAUGCCUUUGUUAACAUUUGCAGAACAGGACCCAAAAAAAUUUGCUCUGAAAGCCUCCCUUUUUGAGAGAGCUCAUACAAAGGAGCAUGCAGCAACUUUUUCCCAGGUGACCCAGUAGGUGGUUAUCUGAUAUACAAGAUCUCUCUUCCAAAUGGAGAUUCACACCUGCGUGGCACAAGCAGCUUGCUGACUACCAUUUACAUUUUUUAAAGUUUUAAAGUGAAAUAGAGUGGGGGGGGGUGGUUUCUGUCUUAUCUCUUCUGUGAUUACUUUCUUCCAUCACUGUCAUGUUUUAAUUAAUUAAACAUGCAGUACACAUACCUUCAGACUCUGGCUUUGCACUUGGAGUAAUUCACAAAGGUUUUCCCUACUUCCAGUCUUCCGAUUUGAAACUGGCUUUUCUGUCUGCUAUGUCCUCCUGAUGCUUUUGUAGAUGCUGUUGUUGAAUGCAAUAAUCAUUUGGUCUGAGCCAAGGAUGGGAUAACGAAAGGAGUACCUGUCUGUUUUGUGGUUCUUUAAAAUGAGUUUUGAUCUCGGUUGGAUUGCUGAUGGAUAAGCAUCAGCAUAACAAAAUUAACCUCCAUGGUUGACUAUGAUAGUUUUGUUCACCAUUGUGUCAGACGGGUAAACAGAAUUCCCUUCUCUUCAGCUGAUGCUGCAUACUUUUGUGUAGGAAUGGAAGACUGGGGUCUUAGGCUAUUCAUACAGUUCCUUAAAUAAGUAAUUCAUAUCAACCCCUUCCCUCUGUAGAGAGAGUUGUAUAUUUGAGCAUCUUGUGACUUGAUGUAAAUGCACCACUUCCAGUAUGCAAAAGACCUAAGAGAACUCUUACCCAUUUUGGUCUCCAUGGUCUUCUAAAAGUUUGUCUGGCUAAAAAUCAGAGCAUUAAACACAUCUGAGCUGCUUUCUAUUGGACACAGUAUUACUGGGAAAGCACAUGGCUUGGGCACCUGCCAAUGACAUUUUGCUGACUUGAAACAGAUUCAAAACUAGUUUAUGCUGUUCCCUUCACUGUUGGUGGCAUAGGUGCUAUAUUCUUUGAAAAAAAAAAAAAAAAAAGACUAGCAGAAAAUGUAUAGGUGCCCAUUAUAAGUGUAUAUCGCUCAGGAUAUUUCACUGUCUUUUUAAUCUUGUUUUUACCUGCCAUCUUUUAAUCAUUUGGAAGCUUAAACAAGCCCAUUAAUAUUCACACUUCUUCGGCCUUUAUUCAUCUUUUACCAUGAUUAGUUCAUUCUUUCCUUGGUAGGCUGUUAAGGAGUGUUGUGAUUUGCUAUCUCAGGCACUUACUAAGUAAUACAAAUCACUAACUGGAAAAGAAUUAAGUGCACCAGGGGGAGAAGGAUUGAAACUUUGGUCCUAUCUGGUUUAAUGGCUCACUUCAAUACUUUACAAAAAGGUUGUUUUACCUUGCCUUUGUAGAUCUUUGGAACAGAGUGCUGAUUAGUAGAGGCAGCUUCCUGUUAAGGAUUCAAGUUGCAUGCAUGUGUGUUCUGUUCUCCCAUGUGAAAAUUGUGCAAAAUUCCACAUUCAGAUUACUAACACUGAUUUAAUUUGGAAUCUGCCUUCCCAAGGUAUAAGCUUUCUCCAGAAUUAAUCUUUUUUUUUUCCUAAAGCAAGGCCUUGGUCACUAAUUUGCAGGCUGAAUAGUUUUCUCCAUUGAAUUGCAGUUAGUGGAGGAUAAAAGGAGCUGGCAGAUCCAGCUACAUGUUUUAUGUAUUAAGAAGAUGAGAAGGUGAUGCAUGGCUGCAGGUGCUGUUAGCAGUGGAUUUUGAGAGCUCAUUAGGUGAUGCCUUUCUGGCCUAAUUUAGGCUAUGACAAAAUAGAAGAACUUAAUUCACAAAAGUGACUUCAAGACUUUUUUUUUUGCCAGCAUUUUGGUUUUACUAGCUUUACUGAAAGCUGCUUCUGUCCUGGCAGGAUAUCUGCAUUUGUGGGGAAGAGGGGGAAUCUACUUCUGCUUUCAGACUUUCUGAUCAGUAGUGGAGGGAAAUUUCAAAACUUUGAACUUCGAAUUAUGUGGAAGUUCUGUAAAAGGUCCAGCAUUGCAUUUUCCAACAACCCCGUUUGUCUAUGUCCAUUGGUGACAUCUGCCUUUAUUUUUCUCUUGUUCAGGCCUACCUACUUUAUUGGCUUUUAUGGUCUUAUUUUAAAGGAUUGCUUUUCACAUUAGUUGCUUUUAUGAGGAUGGUGAUCUAGCAGAAACCAGUCUGCUGCAAGCCAAACUUCAUUUCUUUUCUAAAUUUCAUAGGUCUCUUAUGCUGUUUGCUGCUUAAAACCCCCCCAAAGGAAAUGUCAUGUUUUGUAACAAAGUGAUGACUUUCUUUUUCUGACUAAAAUCACUUUCUGCUUUUCAGAAAGGAGAUGUAAUGAAAAAAGUGUGUGUGUGUGUGUGUGUUUUCCAGGAAAUAUCUGCCUUUCUUACACCAUAGGGGAGUGGUUUGUAUAACUUGGUCUUUUAAUUUCUGUGUUUAAAGGACAGUUUCAUCUCUGGAUGACACUGAGGAAACUAAUCGCCUCGUGUCAGGAUAAUAGUUUAGAAGUGAUUGAUUGAAUUUAUAAUUGGGUGCUGAUCAAGUAAACACUUCUGCAUAAAUACACCUAUUAGAAGCAUAGUCCUGUCUCCUUACAGCAGAACACCUCUGGAAGUACUGCAGUGUUGACUGCCCUGAGUAGCAGUAAAUAUUAAAUGUCAAUAAAAGAUUGCAAAAAUGUAUAGACUGGCACCAUAAGAGUGGUGUAUUCUUCAUCCUGAGAAGAAUGUUUAUAAAUGUUGGAAAGAUGUUAAAUAUUACAUCUUUCCUAGCAUGGGUUUAUUAUUAACAAACAAUCCUGUUACUUUAAAAAAUAAAUCUGACUAAUGUUUUAUAAUAAACUAUUUUCAAAAGUUGUAUCAAAACUCUGCAAUAAAUGACCUAUUGUAGGUCAUAGUAUAGGGCCCUGGUUCUGCAGUGAGAACUGAAUGGUAUUGGUAUAGGAUCAGGACCCAUGACUUCGUUAAUGCAGCUGUCAUUAAGAAUCUCUAGGAAAAAAAUCUUACUAUGUUUAGGCUACUGCAAGUACUUGGCUUGUAUGCAAACAGUGCUGUUUCUGGUAAUUUGGUUUAUGUCUGAAACUAAACUCUGGCACAACUGAAAUGUAUCUAAACUUAUUUUGCUGCCUGAUAACAAAAACACUUCACAAAAGCUAUGUCAGACUUUGAUAUAGAAAACACUUUCCAGCCUCAGAAAAAAAUAACUUUUAGUGAUUCCUUUUUAUGUGAAAAAUACCAUGGGAAGGUGGAAUAUGUUUGGCUUUGAAACACAAGGAGAUAAAAUAUCUCCUUAGUAACAAUUUAUGUGUGAUAACUACCCUGUUUUUUGGGGGGGUUGUUGUGGGGGGGGAGGUUUAACAGUAACUUAAUUGUACAUCACAGAGAGACCGCUUUUUAUACAAGCAAAAUUAAAGUCUCUCUUUUUUUCCGUUUUAAUUAAAGACCAGUUUAGAUUGUAGUUCAGCAAUGUAUCGUGUUGAAUAGGACGUGUGUGGAAUGCUGAGACACUCAAUAAAAGUGCUUAUUGUACAA